AAUUCUUCCAUCUCAUUCUAGGACUGGUUAUAUCGCGGCCAGUGCUCUUGUACAGUCUGAAUAAGUACUUCCCGAAUCCUAGGACUCCCGCAUUCUGCACUGAUUCGGCAUCCCAUCAAGCUUCAACGGGAUACUGCCAACUUUUGCCCCGAAAAUCCAGCUUUACCCCUUCUGACUCAUUCCAAAAAAUGGCCUUCUCGAGUAUAAAGGAUAAACAGUUCAGAUUCCCUGUUCCGGAAGAGGACGAUAUGGUUGCCUUCAAUACCUUCGAUGAUGACUUCAAAGUUGCUCAGCAUAUCCAAGAUAGGCGUGUAAUCGGCUACGAUCCACUAGUUCAGCCCGCACUUUUGAAACACGAGGUCAUCGCAUCGAUAGAAUCUCUUCGCACUAUUGCUGCUGCUCGCUACAACGCAAGUAAAAUCAUCGCCGGAAGCGAUGACCGCGUUCUUGUUAUCGUCGGUCCUUGUUCAAUUCAUUCACCCGAGCAAGCGCUUGAAUACGCUCGUUUACUCAAACAACAACUUCCCAACUGGCCUAAUCUUCUCAUCAUUAUGCGAGCCUACUUGUGUAAACCUCGGACAACUGUUGGCUGGAAAGGCCUCAUAAACGAUCCCGAGAUUGACGGUACCUUCCAGAUUAACAAAGGCUUACGAAUGGCAAGGAAACUCCUUUGCGACCUUACCAGUCUCGGAGUCCCUGUGGGCUCAGAGCUACUCGAUACAAUUUCUCCGCAAUACAUCUCUGACCUAAUAUCCUGGGGUGCAAUCGGUGCACGAACAACCGAAUCACAACUUCACCGUGAACUGGCAUCUGGUGUCUCUUUUCCAAUCGGGUUCAAGAAUGGUACAGACGGAAGUAUUUCGGUUGCAUUAGACGCCAUGCUCUCCUCGUCUAAUCCUCAUGCGUUCAUGGGCGUGACCGAACAAGGCCUUGCUGCCAUUGUGAAGACUCGAGGCAACCAAGACGUCCAUGUCAUCCUUCGUGGAGGAACGAAAGGACCCAACUACUCCGCUGAACACGUACAAGAAGCUGCCAAGUCCAUCUCAAAAAAGAGACCAUUCUCAAGCAUCAUGGUCGACUGCAGUCACGGCAAUUCACAAAAGAACCACAACAAUCAACCACGAGUUAUCGAUGAUAUCUGCUCUCAGCUUGCCGCAGGGGAACGAAACAUUACGGGUGUGAUGAUUGAGUCAAACAUCAACCCCGGAAGGCAGGACGUUCCGCCCUCCGGCCCCUCAGGACUUAGGCACGGCGUUAGCAUUACUGAUGCUUGUGUUGAUUUUGACACCACGAUCAAAAUGCUUGAUCGAUUGAAUGAGGCGGUGGGAAAACGUCGUUUGGUGAAAUUGAACGGCUCGAGAGAGUAAAAAAGUAUCGACCCCCUUUAGAUAGAAAAGCAAAAAUGGUUCUCGAACAAUAUGCAUCUGUUCUAAAUCAUCUAGUUAUAAUUAUAUCAAUAGUUCAUCCGCUGUAACUUGUCCAUAUCUUGCUUUCGUGUAAU